CACAACGGGAGAUAACGUUUCAGAAUUGAAGGUUCGGGAAUAGUCGAAUCAGCAAGAAUGGGGCCGUUGCUUUAUCGUUACCGGUGAUGGCAAUGCGGGGGAGGCGUAUCGUUCAAGGAUGGGGACUGGGCAAGGGUGGGAUGAUAGUUCGUGAUAACUGCAACUAGUCCGAGUGGCUGACUCUAGGGAGGGGGCUAGUUGAGCUGAACCUUUUGUUUCUUCCAUUUGUUGUUUUUGCAAUUUUGAAACCUAAUUCUGCAAUCAUCCGUACCAAUUGACACCUAUCUCAUUCCCUCAGCACGACAAGCAGCUACAAUGAAGGCUGCGCAAGACGCUCUCCCAUCACCACCCCUAUCCGACACCGAUGAAACCUCCCCCAAAACACCCAUUGAAUCUCUAUCAGUCCUCAUAAAGACAACAUACAAGACCUCUGAUAUAAAAUUCUACAUCAAUGGUCGACCCGUCACCGUCAAGAAUCCCAAUCCAGACUGGGUUCUCCUCGAUUGGAUCCGAGCCCAAGAUUCCUUAAAAGGAACGAAAUUAGGAUGCGGAGAAGGAGGUUGCGGAGCAUGCACUGUAGUGCUACAGACGCUGGAAGAUGGACGGGUGAGACAUCUUGCUGUAAAUGCUUGUUUGUAUCCGCUUGUUGGUGUUGAUGGCAAGAGUCUCAUCACUGUUGAGGGGUUGGGGACCGUGAAGAGGCCGCAUCCGCUACAGGAGAGGAUUGCGAAGAUGCAUGGCACGCAAUGCGGCUUCUGUACGCCGGGAAUUGUCAUGAGUUUGUAUGCACUCAUCAGAAACUCAUAUCGGGAUGGAAAAUUCCACCUUACCAACUCUGAAGUCGAGCUACAGGGCCAUCUUGAUGGAAAUCUCUGCCGAUGUACCGGCUACAAACCCAUAUUCGAAGCAGCACGAACUUUCAUCACAGAGGACCUCAACGGGACCAUCGCCGAGAUCAACGGCAAGGAGAUAACGCCCGAGAAGAACACAGAAGACGACUAUGCGACAGUUGCACGUCAAGUCAACAAGACAGGCUCCUGCGGCCGUCCUGGUGGCUGCUGUCGGGAUAACCCCGCCUCAAAAGGCUGCGGCUCAACUGGUGUAGAUGAAUCGAACCCAAAAGAGAUGGAGACACCGAUCACAGCUCCCAGACCACACGAAACGCCGAGCACACCUCCGAAGUCUCCAGACAAACCAGCAUUCGGAGAGACAUUCCUCCCAUACGAUCCUUCAACAGAGCCUAUCUUUCCCCCAGCCUUGCGAAAAUACGAACCUCAACCGAUAUGCUACGGCGAUGACCGAAGGCUAUGGUUCCGACCGACAAACCUGCAACAGUUGAUCGACUUGAAAGGGGUUUAUCCAGAGGCCAAGAUCGUCGGUGGUGCGAGCGAGACUCAGAUCGAAGUUCGGUUCAAGAAGAGAGCUUACCGUGUUUCCGUGUUUGCCGCAGACAUCUCUGAGCUGAACGGCUUCACUGUUGAUCCUCUGCAGAUGAAACAGGCUGAGAUUAAAUCACUAAAGGAAAUUAGUAUACCGGGAAACUUGUCCUUGACCAAAGUUGAGGAGAUGUGUACUGCUUUGUACGUCAAGCUUGGUAGACGAGCUUCGGUUCUUGAAGCUCUUCGAAAACAACUUCGGUACUUUGCUGGUCGACAGAUUCGCAAUGUGGCUAGUCUCGCAGGGAGUCUAGCUACAGCAAGUCCCAUCUCAGACUCUGCGCCCGUCCUCUUAGCCGCAGGCGCAAAAGUGAAGAUCCAGUCCCAAACCCGUGGGACGAUCGAGAUUCCAUUAUCUUCAUGGUUCCUGUCCUACCGAACCACUGCACUUCCCGAAGAUGGAGUCAUAACAGAAGUCGUGAUUCCACUUCCACGUGAAGAGAACAUUGAGAUCACGAAGGCUUAUAAGCAAGCUAAGAGGAAGGAUGAUGAUAUCGCUAUUGUCACUUCUGGUUUUAGAGUGCGACUGAAUGGGGAUGGUGUUGUUGACGAUGCUGCUUUUGCGGUUGGCGGUAUGGCGCCGACGACAGUUAUGGCUGAGAAAGCGCAGCAGGCUGUUAUGGGGAAGAAAUGGUCUGAUAUGAAGACGUUGGAUACUGCGAUUGAUGCGCUUUUGGAGCAGUUUCAACUCCCAUUUGGUGUGCCUGGUGGCAUGGCGCAUUAUCGAAAAGUUCUUACUAUCUCCAUGUUCUUCCGCUUCUGGCACGAAGUUGUCCACGAUCUUGGUCUCGGCAAAGUCGACGCCGAUCUCAUCGAUGAAAUCCACCGCAGUAUCUCAUCCGGCAAUCGAGACAACUUCACCUCGUCAAUGUUGAACCGGGGUACCAAGGAAGUCGGCCGCCCAAUUCCCCAUCUCUCCGCCGUCAAGCACUGUACCGGAGAAGCAGAAUAUGUCGAUGACAUGCCACGCCAACACAACGAACUCUUCGGAGCUCUGGUAAUGUCCAAAGCUGCUCAUGCUGAGAUUCUGAGCGUGGACUACUCAACUGCCCUAGAGAUGCCCGGUGUAGUCGGGUAUAUCGACAAGGAUAGCAUCACCAAGGAACAGAAUACCUGGGGCCCUGUCGUUCUCGACGAACUCAUCUUUGCAGAUGGAAAGUCCAACUACUACGGUCAAGUGAUUGGUAUGAUCUACGCCGAGACAGCGCUUCAAGCCCGAGCUGCCGCCGAUGCAGUCACAGUAACAUACAAACGCCUCCCCGCCAUCUUCACAAUCGACGAAGCCAUCAAAGCAAAGAGUUUCUUCAAACACGGCAAAGAACUACGAAAAGGCGAUGCUCUUAGUGGUUCACUAGACGAAGCAUUUAGUAAAUGCGCUCACGUCCUCGAAGGGACCACCCGCAUGGGCGGCCAAGAACACUUCUAUCUUGAAACGAACGCAGGUCUCGCAAUUCCCCACAUGGAAGAUGGAUCAAUGGAAGUAUACAUCUCGACCCAAAAUCUCAUGGAGAACCAAGUCUUUACCGCUCAAGUCCUCGGCGUGCCCAUGAAUAGAGUGAACAUGCGCGUUCGAAGAAUGGGAGGUGCAUAUGGUGGAAAAGAGUCGAGAACUACUGCUUUGUCGAUGUAUCUUGCUCUCGCGGCGCAGAAGACGGCGAGGCCUGUGAGGAUGAUGUUGAAUCGGGAUGAGGAUAUUGCUUUUAGUGGACAGCGACAUCCGUUCCAGUCAAAGUGGAAAGUUGGGGUUGAUGGGAAGGGUAAGAUUCGGGUUUUGGAUAUUGAUAUUUAUAAUAAUGCGGGUGCUUCGUUGGAUAUGAGCGGUGCAGUCAUGGACCGAGCUUGUACUCACGUCGACAACUGCUAUCACAUUCCCCAUGCUUGGAUCCGCGGUCAUGUCUGCAAGACGAAUACAGUCAGCAACACCGCGUUCAGAGGCUUUGGUGGUCCACAGGGAAUGUACAUCACUGAGGCGAUCAUGUUCAAGAUUGCAGAGUCCCUGAACAUGGACGUCGAUGAUCUUCGCAUGCGAAACUUGUACGAAGUCGGUCAACGGACACCUUUCCUGCAAGAAAUCACAGACGACUUCCAUGUUCCUACCAUGAUGGAUCAGCUCAGCGCUUCGUCACAGUUUGAGAGACGAAAGUCCGCCAUUAAAGAUUUCAAUGCCAAGAAUCGGUUCAAGAAGCGAGGUAUCUCUAGAAUCCCAACCAAGUUUGGUCUAAGCUUUGCAACAGCUCUCCAUCUCAACCAAGCAGCAGCCUACAUAAAAAUCUACGAAGACGGCUCCGUCCUCCUCCACCACGGCGGCACAGAAAUGGGUCAAGGCCUCUACACGAAAAUGACCCAAGUCGCCGCCGAAGAACUCAAGGUCAGCGUCGAUUCAAUCUACAACAAAGAGUCCCAAUCCGACCAAGUUGCCAAUUCCUCACCUACAGCUGCAUCGUCCGGUAGUGAUAUAAACGGUCAAGCUGUGAAGAACGCGUGUGAUCAGAUCAAUGAGAGGUUGAAGCCGUAUAGGGAGAAGUUUGGGAAGGAUGCUAGUAUGGCGGUUAUUGCGCAUGCGGCGUAUAGAGAUAGAGUUAAUUUGGCGGCGAAUGGGUUUUGGAAGAUGCCGAGGAUUGGGUAUGAGUGGGGGAAUUGGAAGGAUCCUUUGCCUAUGUACUACUACUUUACUCAGGGAGUGGCGAUAUCUGAGGUGGAGCUCGAUACUUUGACCGGAGACUCGACAGUAUUAAGAACUGAUCUCAUGAUGGACAUUGGACGAUCCAUUAACCCAGCAAUGGACUACGGUCAAAUCGAAGGCGCAUUCGUCCAAGGCCAAGGUCUCUUCACAAUGGAAGAAUCACUCUGGAUGAAAUCCGGAGAAAUUUUCACCAAAGGCCCAGGAACAUACAAAAUCCCCGGCUUCUCUGACAUCCCCCAAGUCUUCAACGUAACAACCCUCCAACAUGACUCCCAAGGCAAGCCCAUCAACUGGUCCAAACUAGGUUCCAUCCAAAGCAGUAAAGGUGUCGGAGAACCUCCUCUGUUCUUGGGUUGUGCGGUAUUCUUUGCUUUGAGAGAAGCUGUCAAGGCUGCUAGGGAGAUGAAUGGCGUUACUGAGCCUUUGGUCCUGGAUGCUCCAUGUACGGCGGAGAAGCUGAGAUUAGCUGUUGCGGAUGAUCUUGUGAGGAGGGCGGUUGUUGAGAGGAAGGAUGAUGAGCAGGAGUUCUUUACCAGGAUUGAAUCUUGAUAUGUAGAUAAAGCUUGCUAGAAUUAUAUGAUGUACAAAGGUUGAGGU